AUGGAGGAAGCUCCCCAGCGGGAGGCCCCCACGGGCAGAAUGAGCCCUUCCGGGCUGCCGCCCUCGACCGACGACACCACCACCACCACAACCACCACCACCAGCACUACCAGCACUACCACGACGACCACUACGGCGACUACUACUACUACCGCGGUUGCUUCUCCUCCCUCUACUCCGACCCUCAUCGAUUCAGCUCAGUUUCACAUUCAUUCGCCCUCCUCCACGGGUUUCUUUCUUUCUUCAAACCCCUCCCUAGUUCCAGACCGUCGUCCUGCCCGCGGUCACGAGGGAGCAUUCGUCCAUCCCGCCUCCUUUCUCCGGCCGCGAGGUCUAUCUCACCCAAUGCCCCCAGCUCAGCCCGAGAGGGCGAUCGACCGGGAAGAGCGUCGCGCUUUACGUGCUAUCCGCAAUUUCCUCAAGGUCCGUACCAGCUAUGACGUUCUUCCACUUAGUUUCCGACUUAUCAUUUUCGACACGUCCCUGUCAGUCAAGGAGAGCUUGAAUAUCCUGAUACAAAACGGCAUUGUUUCGGCACCAUUAUGGGAUUCCAAGUCCUCCACAUUCGCGGGUCUCCUGACGACAUCCGAUUAUAUCAACGUGAUACAGUACUACUUCCAAAACCCCGCGGCUUUGAACCAAAUCGAUCAAUUCCGGUUGGAUAGUCUCCGAGAGGUUGAAAAGGCACUGGGCGUCGCACCGCCCGAAACGAUAUCCAUUGAUCCGGAGCGGCCACUUUACGAGGCCUGUCGGCGCAUGCUCGAGUCUCGAGCUAGGAGGAUUCCUUUGGUCACCCAUGACAGCCAAACAGAUCGAGCCCUCGUCCUGAGUGUAGUCACACAGUACCGCAUUUUGAAGUUCGUUGCCGUCAACGUCAGCGACACGCAGAAGCUACGGAAACCCUUGGGUGAGCUUCUGUUGGGCUCAUAUCACAAUUUGGCAACCGCAUCGAUGGAUACACCUGUCAUUGAUGUCAUCCACAUCCUUGUGGAGCGGAGCAUAUCAAGUGUCCCAAUUCUAAACUCUGAAGGUGUUGUUUACAACGUCUUCGAGGCUGUUGAUGUGAUAACUUUGAUCAAGGGAGGGGUAUAUGAUGACUUGAGUCUGACGGUUGGUGAGGCAUUGAAGAAACGAUCCCCGGAUUUCCCCGGCAUCUAUACAUGCUCCUUGAACGAUGGUCUAGAUACCAUCUUCGACACAAUUCGCAAGUCUCGCGUGCACCGCCUGGUUGUCGUAGAUGACAACUUCCGGCUAAAGGGUGUCCUAACGUUGAGCGAUAUCCUGCAAUACAUCCUCCUAGAGGGCGAAACUGACGAGUUCUCAUGA